ACUACCACGAGAUACAAUGAGGAGCUUCGCGAUAUUGCUGUUGGCAACCGCCGUAUUGGCGGGCCCGGUCGAGGACCCGAAGAAGUUGGACAAGAGUAGAAAAAACCCCAAACGAAGUUUGGGAGCGUUGGGAGAUGCUGAUCUCGCAAGUUAUGGCUUAGAAGAUUCUGGACUCGGACUCUCAGGCCUGACCGAGGACCCGAAGAAGCAGGAUAAGAUUGGAAAACACCCCAAACGAAGUUUGGGAGCGUUGGGAGAUGCUGAUCUCGCAAGUUAUGGCUUAGGAGAUUCUAAACUCGGACUCUCAGGCCUGACCGAGGACCCGAAGAAGCAGGAUAAGAUUGGAAAACACCCCAAACGAAGUUUGGGAGCAUUGGGAGAUGCUGGUCUCGCAAGUUAUGGCUUAGGAUAUUCUGGACUCGGACUCUCAGGCCUGACAGGAUACUCUGGACUCGGACUCGGCUCGAAAUUAAUCGGGUCGGGAGUCACCCUGGGUAACAGUUUAACUUCCGCGUACGCGUCUGGACUGGAAUACGGAAGUCCCUACGGAGCUACCUACGGAGCUGCCUACGGAGGUCCCUAUAGAGCUUCCUACGGAGCUGCCUACGGAAGUCCCUAUGGAGCUGCCUACGGAACUUUCGGCAGCAGCGGCGCCCUUCUCAAUUCCGCCGCUCCGAUCCUAAGCUCGGGCGCUCCGAUCCUCGCUCACGGAUCUCUCGCGUCCGGAUACGGAUACGGAUACGGCAGCGUGCUGCCGAGCGUGGCGCACGCCAAGACCGAGCGCAUCACCGGUCUCACCGUUCACCGUGAAGUUCAAGUACCGGUCCCGGUGCCGCAUCCCGUGCCCGUCGAAGUCACCAAACACGUGCCGGUCCCGCAACCCGUGCCCGUCAAGGUGGAUCGUCCCUAUCCGGUCCCGGUGCCGCAACCGGUACCCGUACCAGUCACCCGCCAUGUGCCCGUAAAGGUCGAUCGCCCAUACCCAGUCGCAGUUCCGCAUCCCGUUGAAGUUCGCGUGCCACAACCUGUAGCGGUGCCCGUACCUCAGCCGGUGCCGGUUCCGGUGUCCGUCACGAAACACGUGCCCGUCACCGUGCCGUCGUCCGUCGGCGUCGUACCUUCGACCUUCGGUACCGUACCUUCGACCUUCGGCGUCGUACAUUCGUCCGUCGUACCGUCUACCUUCGGCGUCGCGACGAGCGGCCUCUCGCACGGCCUCUCGCACGGCCUCUCGCACGGCCUCUCGCACGGCUUCUCGCACGGCCUCUCGCACGGCCUUACACACGCUUACUCAUCCGGACCCGAAUACGUUGAUUUGGGAGCCAGCCAUCUCGGAUCUACCUUGUCGGGAGCGACUCUGAGCAGCGGACUUGGACACCAGGUUCUGGACAGCGGUGUCUCAUAUCAGAGCGGCCCCAUCGUCAGCGGCGGCAGCAUAUCCGGCAUCAGCAGCGGUUUGGCAUCCAGCGGCGCGCUACUGGGCGCCCACGACGUUCUUGAUGGCGGAUACGCGUACUCGGCACCGUUGAAGAAGUGGUAAACCCGAUAACUCGGCGGAUUGAACAUGUACUUUUUAAAGCGCUUCUCAAGAAUAGUUUACGGAUUGAACGUGCAGAAUAUUAAUUGUGUUAUGUACGUUGUCGAAUAAAACUAUUUUUUUACCGUCACAGAAUCGUUAUUUAGUUGCGUACUUGCAGUUAUACGAUUGUGUCACAGCUCAAUUUAGGAUAGUUUUAUAGAUCUUUAGUAUUUUACAAUAUUUCAGAUCUAGUUAAAAAAUUGUUAUCGCCGGACUCGUAAAGUUGUCAUUUUUGCAUGAUAUAAGAGUUUGCAUUUUGAGAUGUCUUUCCAAUAAUAAUGUCUUAUUAUAUUUCUGAAAAAGAAUUUGUACCGAUAUUUUUCUAGUCUCAUAAUAAAUGCGCUCUUUGUAAAUUUGAUUCAAAAGAAUAAAAAAAAUUU